AUGGGAACUAAGUCCAAAGAAGGAAAUAAACCUAAAGAAGAAAAACAAACGGAAGAAGAAAACAAAAAACGAAACACAAAUGAAUGGCAAAAUAAUAAGAAUAAAUUGCUUAACAAUUCUGGGCAAUCUUAUACCGGGGUCAGUUCUAAAAGAGUGUAUCCCUCAAAAUCCAUUCGAGAUCUUUGCAAAUGCAAAAAGAAAUGCUGCGAAAAGUUCAAUGAUAAAUAUAGAAAAGCUAUCUUUGAGUCUUAUUGGAGAAUUGGAUACUGCUACGUUUGGCACUAUGAAAUAGAUGAAAGAGGAGCUAUAGAAAUCGGUAGUUGUCUUUUAAAUUUCAUCGAAGACGAACAUACACUGUUAAACUCCAAAAUACAAGGUAAAAAAUGUUUUUAUGACAUACAAGCGCUCGCAGAAAAGAUAUUUGUUACGGGAUUUUUAAGGAACAUAGUAUAUAAAGCGAGUACUGGCUUGUCUUUAUUACUUGUGAGUGAUAUAGUACGAAAUGAAGCAACUGUUAAUUCUUGUUACACUCAUCGCCGCCUCACACGGCCUUCUCGGAGCAUGGAAGGGGGGUCUAAAAGUACGGUGGCAAAGGCUAAGAACGCCCGCUGGGUGCAGACUCCUCGCCCUGAGGGACCGAUGCCUGAACUUGUGCUAUACUGCCCCUCUACACGUGACCGUACUCUGUGUGUUCUAUACGAUGAUAGCUCAUACGUAGCUGGCCUUCAGAUUGCUCUUGACCAAUCCAAAUUCAGAGAUGGUAUUUUCGACUGGGAGACACAAGGCUUCACUGUCUGGAAUCCACCUGUGUCUGUUUUAGACACUCCACGAACGUACCAAACCAUUCAGCAGUAUUUCAUCUCAGAAGAUCAACUUAAAGUAAGCGUACAUGAUCGCAUAGUGGCACGUAAUAAAGACACGACACUGCAGUUUGGAAGCGUGUGGGUGACUGGCUUUAAUAAGCAGCGCAUGAGGAUCUCGACUAUUGCUAGUGAAAUUGCAGACACUCCAAAAACUCACUUUACUAAGCAGGCGUGCAUUCCGAAUAUGGGUCGUCAUUAUUACUAUAACAUGACUGCGACGACCGAGUGCACAGCCACCAGCCUCUUGCCGUGGUUCCCACUGGUGCACUCCGGCGAGCUCAUUGGUAUGGGUGCCGUCAUCUUCGGCAAACUUAACGAGAAGGAUCUCGUUAAGGAUUACUUCGAGAGACCUAAUGUUCUUGCUGUCAAGACGAUCGUACCAGACGGCCCCCAGUGUUUGUACGACCUGGCAGCAUCACCUGCGAUGAUCACCAUGCAUUCUUAUUACAUUAACACACCUUGGCUCGUCGAUUGUCUGUUCCAAUAAACCACUCGUAUCUCUGAUUGUAUUGUAUUAUCUAUACUAUAAUAAAAAAGUAACCGAUCGAUUUUUCAUAUAUCUUCAAUGUACAGAACAUUGAAGAUAUAUGAAAAAUACUAUUAUGAGAGACAUUUAUAAACGUAACAGAACACAAAACAAUUAUUU